UAACUUUUUAAAAAAGUAUCAAAUAGUUAACCAAAGCUUAUUACUUUGUACUAUUAUAGAUUUAUUGUUAUGAUGGUAUCAUUUGUAAUGAUGAUGGUAUCACUUGUAGAUUAUUUUUAGCAAUGAUCUCAUCCUUGCAUGUGUAGGAACCUUGAUGCUUAUAAGAACCUCAUCACCACCACUUGAUCUCCAACCAUUACACAAAGAGAGCAAAAAUGGCUCCCAAAACUCUCAUCUUCUUUGCUCUCUUCUCCCUCUUAGCCAUUGUUGCACUUGCAGACACUGAGUCAACCCAGUCUGACUCAGGUCUCAUGCUCAACUUCUACAAAGACACAUGCCCACAAGCUGAAGAUAUCAUCAGAGAACAAGUUGGGCUUCUUUACAAACGCCACAAGAACACUGCUUUCUCUUGGCUCAGAAACAUCUUCCAUGAUUGUGCUGUUGAGUCAUGUGAUGCUUCACUGCUUCUGGACUCAACAAGGAGGUCACUCUCUGAGAAAGAGACAGACAGGAGCUUUGGGCUUAGAAAUUUCAGGUAUCUUGAAACCAUCAAGGAAGCUUUGGAGAGGGAGUGCCCAGGAGUUGUAUCUUGUGCAGAUAUACUUGUACUCUCUGGAAGGGAUGGAAUUGUUGCGCUUGGUGGGCCAUACAUACCUCUAAAAACAGGGAGAAGGGAUGGUAGGAAGAGUAGAGCAGAGAUUUUGGAGCAAUAUCUUCCAGAUCAUAAUGAGAGCAUGUCUGUGGUUCUUGAAAGGUUCAAGAACAUGGGCAUUGACACCCCUGGAGUUGUUGCUUUACUAGGUUCUCACAGUGUGGGUAGGACACAUUGCGUGAAGCUCGUGCACCGUCUAUAUCCCGCGGUGGACCCGGUUCUUGACCCAGGUCAUGUUGAGCACAUGCUCCACAAGUGCCCGGACGCAAUCCCAGACCCGAAGGCCGUUCAAUACGUGAGAAAUGACCGUGGUACCCCUAUGAAACUCGACAACAAUUACUACCGAAACAUAUUGGACAACAAGGGUUUGUUGAUUGUGGACCACCAAUUGGCAAAUGACAAGAGAACUAAACCAUUUGUGAAGAAAAUGGCAAAGAGCCAAGAUUAUUUCUUUAAGCAUUUUGGAAGAGCCGUUACCAUUCUGACUGAGAACAAUCCACUCACUGGCACUCAAGGUGAAAUCAGAAAACAAUGCAAUGUUGCAAACAAACACCAUUGAAGAAAUGAAAAAGCUGUUUUAGUUUGUGCUUUGGUAAUGAUGGUGUUAGUGAUGAUGAUGAUGAUGUGGAGAAUAAGAAGAUGAUGAUGAUGGUGUGAGCAUGCAUCAUGAUGGCUUCCAAUGUCUAAGAUGGAUGUAGGACAUGUUUUUCUUAAUAGUUUUAUUAUAUGUUUCUUUAAGGAAAGUGAAUGAAUGUAAAUUAUGGGUGGAUGGAUGAUGGUGGAGUAUGAGUAUGACUAUGUAUGAUGCAUGCAUGAGAUGGUUGUUGAAUAGCUCAGCAAUUAAUCAAACGCUAUCUGUGUUUAUGUGUUUAUGAUGAUGCCUACUUGUGAUGAUAA